AUGACCGAGGAUACCAUGACUCAGAGUCACGAGUUCCAGGAGCUCUUUCUCUGCCACAACGUGCUGAAAAUUGUGCAGAACCACAUACUGGCUCUUGACAAGUUCGAAAACCUCAUCGCAGAGCAUAUGGCCGCUGCUGCAGACAUAAGGAUCGAUAUCUUGCGAGCUUGUGUGUACUACCAUUGA